AUGGUGCAGGGCGGGAGCUCGGACCAGGCGGCCGGUCGUCAGAAGAAGCCUCGUAAAGCUCGCACGGCAUUCAGCGACCAGCAGCUGUCGAGGCUGGAGAGAAGCUUCCAGAAGCAGAAGUACCUGAGCGUCCAGGAGAGGAUGGAGCUUGCUGCAUCUCUGCAGCUCAGCGACACACAGGUGAAGACCUGGUACCAGAACAGAAGGACCAAGUGGAAGCGACAGUCAGCUGCUGGUCUGGAGCUGCUGGCUGAAGCCGGCAGGAUGUUCCUGCCCACACACUACCUGUACCCUCCUGCCCCGCCCACACUGGACCUAUACCUGUACCGAGGCCACACCCUGCAUCAGCACACAGCCGCCGCCCUGUUGCACAACCACAAAUCACACCCACACUGACGGCAUCGCACUCUAACACCUGGGAGGACUGAGAGAACUUGGAGGACUAGGACUAGGAGGAGGUUCAGGUUCCCACUGAACAACACAGGGGUCCAGAGCAGCAGCAGCUGGUUAAUGAUAAAACUGUGAUUAACAGAAUGAAGCUGAAUCUCUGGUUCAGGAAGCAUCAGUUCAUUGGUCGGACGGAUGUGACAUCACAAACUCUCUGGAACAAGCUGCACAAGGUCGUCAUCGUCUUCUAACAGAUUUAUUACUGAAUUCACUUCAACUUCCUACGUCACUUUCAUAAACACAUUGUUUUCUUUUUGAUAUUUGAUUAUUUUAGAAUGUUUUUACCUCUGCCCCAAAGGUUUGAGUCGUUUCUUCAUGUUUGUGUUUUAAGGUGCUUUUUAAAUAUUGUUAUAAAAACAGGACAUUGAAGGUGACGGAGCUGAACAACGUGUGUGAAUAAUAACGUCAGGUGCACUUUAAUGUUUUUAUAAAAACUUUCCUCUCAAAACCUUUGGAAUCAAUAUUUGUUUUUACAUUUUCAAUAAAAAUCUAUUGAAAUGUUUUGGUCUGUUUGACUCUUGAUGUUAAAUCGUCUCUGAAGCUUUUAUUGACUCUUCGAACUAAAGUGUAGUUUGAUGCUGGACUGGUUCAGAUCAUCGACUGUAAAUCAAGACGACGCCUCGUCUCCACUUCCUCCGUAAAUGAAUCUAAAAUAUAUUUGUUGUGAUGACAUCAUUUUCAGUCAGAGUCUGUGCUGUAGUGACUGCAGAAUCGAGGUCCCGCCCCUUACACCUGCUCGACCAAUCCUGAGUCA